UAACUACGGUUCACAGCCGAACAAAUCUGCCCUGGGAGUAUCACAGACCACACUCGCUGCCUCACCAACCCCUCUCCUUCGCAAUGAGAGUGUCCGGCCUCAGGUUAAAACCAACUGUACCAUUGCCAGGAGCUGCCAUGGCUGGAAAGCUCUCCCAAGAGGAAUUGGAAGAGAUGAAGGCUGCUUUUGAAACAGGAAACAUCACAGAAGUAGCAGCAAAACUGGAGGAGCUGGAGUCAUUAGAAAAUCAAUCACUUGACAUCGCCAUCACAGGAGAGCCAGGCUCUGGAAAAUCAUCCUUCGUCAAUGCCAUCCGGGGCCUGGGAGAUGAAGAUGAAGGUGCUGCGAAGACUGGGGAGGUUGAAACAACAAAGUAUCCAGAGCCUUAUCCACACCCUUUACUCCCCAAUGUAACAGUGUGGGAUCUGCCAGGAAUCGGGACACCAAGUUUUCAGCCACACACUUACCUCAAACAGGUAAACUUCAGCUGCUAUGACUUCUUCAUUAUCAUCGCCUCAGCGCGCUUCACUUCCCACCACAUCACACUCGCUCAGGAGAUUCGCGAGAUGGGAAAGAGGUUUUACUACGUGCGCUCCAAAGUGGAUUCCGACUUGCAUGCAGGUCAGACCUGCCGGCCCAGUACCUACAAUGAGGUGCAGAUCCUGCAGAAAAUCCGGAAUGACUGCAUCAAGAACCUGAAGGAUGUGGGGCUGCAGCCCAACCCCCCUGUGAGGCUGAAGUCCGUAACCUUUUCUUCAGAGUUACAGAAAAUUUCAGAAGCAGCUGUCUAUCAAGGGAACCUGACAGAAGCGAUUUCUAGUGUGCAGGAGUUUUACUGCCACACCCUCAACAUCGCCGUCACGGGGGAGUCAGGCUCCGGGAAGUCCUCCCUCAUCAACGCCAUGCGGGGGCUACGUGCUGGUGAUGAAGGCGCCGCUGAAACCGGGAUGCUAGAUACCAUGACGGAGCCGAAGGCUUAUCCAGAUCUUGUUCUUCCAGGCGUCACGCUCUGGGACCUGCCAGGGGUGGGGACGUCCUAUUUCCCUCUAAACACCUACUGCAAGCAGCUCAAUCUGAGCCGAUACGAUUUCUUCAUCAUUGUCGGCUCCCAGCGCUUCCGCUCCGAACACGCCAGGCUGGUCCAUGAGAUCCAGAGAAUGGGCAAGAGGUUCUACUUUGUGCGCUCCAAAGCCGACAUGGACCUGGAUGCUUCCAGGAGGCAGCGUCCCUCCAGCUACAAUGAGGAGAGGAUCCUGCAGCAGAUCAGGGAGGACUGCAGGAGAGGCAUAGCAGCUGAAGGAGUGGGCCACCCACAGGUUUUUGUUGUGUCCAGCUGGGAACCCACUCGCUAUGAUUUUCCCCUCCUGCGGCAAACUUUGCAGGUGGAGCUGCAGCACCUGAAGAGACAAGCCUUCCUGCGUACCCUGCCUGAUGUCGCCUCACCCAUCAUCAACCAGAAAAAAGCCACCCUGAAGGGGGAGAUUUGGAAAACAGCCCUUUUCUCAUGUCUUCUCGCUGCCGUCCCUGUCCCAGGCAUUGCUUUCUUGUGCACCUUCUUCAUCUUCAGGAGACACCUGUUCCGAUACUACAGCAGCUUCGGCGUGGACGACAGGUCCCUCUCUGCUCUCGCCCCUCAAGUUGGGAAGCCCAUGGAGAAGCUGACGGCCAUGAUGACGUCCUUGGGAACGACCCCCAUGAUGGCUCUGAAGCUGUUGUUGGAUUCGGUGGGGACCACCGUGAUGGUAGCGGAAUAUUCGUGGAAGAGCUUCCCUCUAUUUGGUGCCAUGGUGUCUGGAGGGGUGUCACUGGUUACCACGUACUUCAUGCUGCAGAAGUGUUUGGCCUCAGUAGCUGAUGACACCCAGCGGGUUCUGAGCAAAGCUCUGGAGGCAGAAGGGGAAAACACCAUGUAG